UCUGGGGUUCUGGACUUCAACAGUUUCCACUGUUCUGCUGUCAUCCUGUUGAAAAAGGACUCGAUCAGUGGCGAGAAACAGGAAGGGAGAGCAACUAACCAAUCAGCUCCACGGAAAAUGUGUCAUGCGCAGUAGUGGCUUUGGAGCUGGUAAACAUGGCGGACCAAAACAAGAAGGACACCGAAUUGAAUUUCUUCAAUGAAAUAUUAGCUCCAUCUGAACUGUUUGCAGCUCGGUCCAGGAGUCACAAGAUCCCAGUCCGAGGACAGAAGGACUUCUUCCCCGAUGACUCGGACGAGCAAAGACAGCGGCUUGAGCAGAGUCUGAACGAGCACUGGAGCCUCGUGUCAGAGGAGCGAGUGGAGAAGCUAGGAAACCUGGUGAAGGCCACAUGGAUUCCAAGCGAGCAGAUUGUCGAGCUUCAGUCUCCAGCUGGCAAGUUCUGGCAGACGAUGGGCUUUUCUGCCAACGGCAAGCAGCUCCUCCUCCCUGAAGAGGCUCUUUAUCUGAUGGAGUGUGGAAACCUGCAGGUGUUUCAUCAGGACCUGCCGCUGUCCAUCCAGGACGGGUACGAGAAGUUUCUGUCCUCCAGCACAGUGAGCCUCCUGCAGUUUCAGGUGUUUGGACAUUUGAAGAGGCUCGGCUACGUGGUGCACAGGUUCGAUCCCAGUUCACAGCCGUCAUCCUAUGCGCGGCAGCUGAACCUGCCUCAGUCACGUGACAGAGCGGGGAAACAUCUGAAGAGGAAGCGCAGUGCCAGUCCCACCACGACAUCCAGUCACACUGAAACACAAGAAGAAUCCAAAACUGACAGAAUUAAGGAGGAUAAACACAGCCAUGAAGGUGAGAAUAAUAAAAAACCUCCAGAGUCACACCUGGCGACGUCUCCACAGACCUCAGGCACGCAGGAUGCCGCUCCAAGUUCAGCAGAAGGAGGCGGAGGCGGGACCUGGUGGAUGAAGGAGGUUCUUGAGGACCAAUCGGAUCACAAACCAGCCUCUGGUUCCUCGCACCGGGACUUCAGCUCCAUCCUUUUCCCCGACCUGGGCUCCAGGGAGAACCUCCCUAGCUGCCUGGCCUCCCCGGACCCCUCUCUGCUCCCGGGGUCUUUGGCUGUCGGAGUCUGUGACGUGGCCCACUGGAGGAGGAGAAUAAACCUGAGGGAGGUGAAGAUGUCCCCGAAGGAGCAGCAGAGGGAAGAGGACAGACGGAGGCGUCGGUGGGACAUCAACAAGGACAAAGAGGUUCGGCGGUGCAGAAACUGGGCUGAGUAUCAGGAGCUCCUGGCGAGGCGUCAGGGGAGGCGUGAAGGCCGACCAGCACACCUGUGGAACAGCGAAGUCACUCCUUUACACGACCCAAGACAACCAAUCCCCACCGAGCAGCUGCUGGAUAAAAUCAGUGUGAUUGAAUCUACACAUUUACUCGAGGGAGCGUCCAGGUUAAAAGGCUCUGAUGAGUGGAGGAUCUGUUUCAAUGUUUACCAGGCUGAUUCAGUGGCUGAUUUCAAGAAGAGCAACCCGGGGAAACCUUACUCCCGGAUGUGUGUGUGCAGUUUCGACAGCCCGGUGCCCGACCUGCGAGCCUUAAAGCAGCUGGCCUUUCAGAGCGGAGACGUCUCGGUGGUCUUUGCUGUCGUGGAUCACGGAGACAUCUCCUUCUACACCUUCAAAGACUUCCAGCUGCCCACAGAUGUUUACCCCUGAGACCCCACUGCUAUUUAACGCCACUGCAAAAACAUGGGCCAACAAGUAUCCGGGACUUUUUCGGGGUUGGCUGGACAUAAAAAAUAAAAAAUAACCUUAUUCUUUGCCUCAAAUAAGGGACUUUGCAUUGCGUCAUUUUGUUAUUUUGAUUCUGUUAAAAGUACCAUCACUUUGCUAAGCAUCGCUAGCUUUAUCAUCCUUUACUUGCCAAAAGAACUGUAUUUUAAGCUUUAUUAAGUUUGAUAGAGUUUUCAGGUGAGAAAGUAAACAUUAAGACUUCCCAAUAUGUGAGUUUUUAAAAAUAACAAGUUUUUUCAAGUUAAUGGCAACGUUUUUUGGAGCUGAUGAGAAGCUGCUGGCCGUGUGAGACCGGGCAGUCUGUCGGUGUAAAAAAAGCACAUAAGACAGUGUUUCUGUAAUUAUUCUCACUGCAAGAAGGGAAGACAAGGUCCACACUGCAUGUUUAACCAUGGGUAUUAAAGAAAUAAUAGAAAUGAAAACAAGAACACUUUUUAAAGAGACACUCCCAGAUUCAGUUACACUCCUAGACACUCGCGUAUUUGAACUCACAAUCAUUCCUUAAAUACAAAUAAAAUGUGUAUUCUUAAAUUGAAGAAUCGUUACAAUUCACAUUUUCUUGGGGGUAAUUCAGUGACAUUUUUGAGGACAGUUUAAAAACCUGGGAAACGACUAUUUUUCCUUUUUUACAGGGGUUUAAAUGUGUAUAAACUGCUUGUAUUCUGGAGUUAUUGUGUCUUCAUGCACACAGUUAUUAUUUAUCUAACGCACUGGUUUCUGAGGGUCUCAUCUCCCACUAGGGCUGGCCAAAGCUUCACAAGGGGACCAUUCAUUUCUUUGAAAAUAACUAAAAGAAAUUGUUAUGUUAAAAGUUUGGAUUGCUACUUAAGACUUAAACAGGAUAAAGACCAAGCGCCCGGAUAAACUAAACACUGAAUUUGUCCAAGAAAAAAAGCCUAUUGAAGAAGUUUAUGAUUGAGUGCCAUUAAAAAAUUGUGGUGAAUCAGGGUUAAUUAAACAUAACUCUUAAAGUCAUCUUUUCUGAGGCUUUUCACCAACAUCAUCAGCUGCUCUACUAAUAAAGAACGAUUAAGUAAGUGGGCCUUGAGUUCAGAAUGAAUUAUCAAACUACUAUUCAUUAACUUUAACACUAAAGUGAAAAUGUGACAUUUGCAACGAGAUUGAAAAGUCCAUUCAGCAGUUGGUAAAACAACAAACCGCAAGGUCCAUUGGCAGGUGUUCUGGAGCUUUCUAUCACAUCUCAUGAUCUUCCACAGCACAUGAAGUUUGCCCCCAAUGUCACGGGAUUGUAGAAAUGUCUCGUUCUUUUUGGGAUCUGGAGAAAGUCAGAAGAGUUUUUAAAAGUAUUGAAAUGUGCAUCUCAGAUGUUGCUGUUACACUUCUUUCUAUUUGCAGAAUAUUUUUUCAUUUUCUAA